AUGGCGGCGCGCGAGAGCUUGCGCAGUCAGCGGGCGCGCGGGACGGACCCAAAGAAGAUGGCCCAAGAUAUGAUGCUGCAUGUGCUACGGGAGCUCGAGAAGAAGGACGCGUAUGGCUUCUUCGGCCAGCCCGUCGACACGUCGACGGUGCCAGACUACCUCGAGAAGAUUGCGACGCCAAUGGACUUUUCGACGAUUGAGAGGAAAAUCACGCGCCACGAGUACGCGAGCUUUGACGCGUUCAAGCUCGACGUUGUCAUUGUCUUCAACAACGCGCAGAACUACAACGUCGAGACGACAGCAUACUUUCGGGAGGCGGUCCGGCUCGAGGCGGCAGCGAUAGCGCUCUUUGUCGAGGCCGAAGACCGCAUGGCCGAGAACCGCGCUCUGUACAACCGGAGUGGCGCCUUUGCUGCCGCCCAGACGCCGCCAAAGCGUCAGCGUGUAGCGAGUCCGACCAAGGUGAUGACGCCGGUGCGGCGGCCGCCGCUGCCCGAGCCGCGAUCCCCCGACGACGCCAACACGCCAAUGUUUGACCUGGGCGUGUUGUUACCUGCGAUUCUGCCGACUAUGGCACCGACAGAAGGCGUGGCAGCUCCCAGCGAUGGGAUGCCGGACGCCGAGACUGAGAUGCCCCACGCAUUCUUUCACGAUUUGACGUUCUCGGAUCUCGAGCACAGCGAAGACGACGAUGGCAGCUUUGUCUUUGAUGAUGUGGUCCACGCGCCGCCCACGCGAACCAACGACGGCGACUUUAUGUACGACGAAGAGAGCAUCCACGAGAUCCCCGAACUGUCCCAAGAAAGCCUCUUUGCCGACGACCUGAAGCUGUCGCAGGACGGCCGCAGGGACCCGCCGCCGACUUACGGCAACGAAGAAGUCUCGGACGCCGAGUCGGAGGACAUGGCGUAUUGUGCGCCGGUGACGCACGUCGAGCAGCCGAACGUUCCGCCAAGAAUGCUCCAAAAGGAAAACCAAUUUCCGAACGCGACGCUGUCGUCCAAACCGCCGCCGGUAAACGUCGUGUUGAACGCCAUUUGUUUGACCAAGUGCUUUGUGAAGGCCAGUGCCAGUGGUGGUAGCAAUGGCUGGUUGCAGUCCAAACGAGCGGCCUCGCAAGCACCCAAGUCCCAGGCGCUCUGGCCGUCGGCGGCCAAGAAGACGACCGAGGAUCGUCGCGAUCCCAACGACCUCUUUGGUGUCAAGGCGCGCCAAAAGCGCCAACCACGCCAAGUGCUCCUUGACCAAUUCAUUCAGUCGACGCCUAAUUAUUAA